AUGCGAAACUGGCUUUCGUUCAUCCUAUGGACGACGCUCCUGCUCUUCCUUGGGUAUGGAGACAGCCAUGUCCUCCACCGCAGGGCAGACGACGACUUGGUCUCGACAGUCUGGCGAGGCGAUUUAAGAACUCCCGACGACAUCAGACGCGCUGGCGGCUUUUACGCCCGGGUCAAGACAGGGCCGCCUAUAACUGCCAGACAACUUGAAACCGGCAGCAGCUUGUUCAAGCAUCAUGGUGGCAAAAUCCCCGACAUUACCCAGUUCGUGUCGGCAAGCACGGAUCCUAAUGAAGCCGUCAAGUUUGCAGCCGGAUUCAAAGUUAAGCAGAUAGAGGCAGGCGCAAAGCCCGGCUAUGUCUACCGCAUCAGCACCGACCCCAAGUUCGUCGAUAUGGAAAAGUCUAUUGGAAUUGAAAACGUGCAGAAGGGAUUCGAGGGGCAAGCUGAGCAUCUUGCUGUGGAAGGUGUUCCCUUUGACCAAAUCGAGGGAUGGUAUGCCGCUGAGGACAUCCUAAAGAAUAGGGACGAGAUUGUAAAGCAGUUGAAGAGCGGCGAUUUGGUUGAGAGCAUCUACACGAGAAACACAGCAUUCAACGAGAGAUACCUCCCUCUGCGAGGAAGCGGCGCCCAGCCUCAACUAGCCUCAUUCGGUACUAGGAAGGACGACAUUGCUAGAUGGGAGAAGGAGCCAUGGAAACAAUACAAAGGCAAAAAGGCUUCAACCAACUUGGCGGAGUUUCGGGCCAAGAUACAGGCGGAUGCUGCUGUGCCGCAAGCUGCUGCGUCGUUCCGGGAACCGCUGGGCUUUGUUGAAGCGGAUCCUCUGGGUGCCAGGGAUCUCAUUGCGCGUCUGGAUGGUGGAGAAGUCCCCGAAGGCUUGAACAGCGUUGAGAUCGCGGCUGCGGCGGCAGAAGCAGAGACUCUUGAGGUUACGGCGGAGCUUGAGGCGGCUGAGGCGGCUGAGGCUGCAGAGGCUAUUGAGGCGGCUGAGCUUGUUGAGGCUGCUGAAGCUGCUGAGAUGGCUGCACUGGGAGAAGCUUCUGUCGUUCGCGGGGUCAUUGGAUGGAUAUUGAGAACCCUGGCGUCGUUAUUGGAAUAG